AUGGCUCAGCAGAACUCUAACACGUUUCAUUUCUUUGGUUCGUCAGUCCCCACUGCUGCGUCCACCCAAGCCGGCGCGUUUCAGCAGCCCGCUCUUUCCGCUUAUCAGCAGCAGCAGACUCAAACCGCUUAUCAGCAACAGUCGGCUCAAACCGCUUAUCAGCAACAGCCGGCUCAAACCUCUUAUCAGCAGCAGCCGGCCCAAACCGCUUAUCAGGUCUCGCCGUCUCUGAACGCGUAUCAAGUCCAGCAGCAGGCGAUUCUAAACGCCUGGUCCGCUGCUCACGCCGGAACCGCCGCCGCAGCACAAACGGUCGGCUCGCUCCUACCUGUCACAGGUUCGGUACUGCCAGCAGCCGGAGUUUACGGAAGUUCUCAGGCUGCGGACGGCGGCGGCGGACACGUGGCACAGAAUCAGACCCUGAAUCAAGCCGCCGCCACGUGGUACGAUUCGCCAGGUUUAAGCGGUGCUGCUACUGCUUCGGCUGCAGCAGCUGUUACUGAUUACAACGCCCAGGGGGUGUUUGGUGGAAAUGAAUCCACACGCGCGGCACAGUACCAGUCCAGGCAGGUGGAGCCUGUGCGACAGCAAGCGACAGCCGUGCGGCAAACGCAGGCUGGGCGACACGUGCAGGCCGAACGGCAGCAGCGAGCGCUCGCGGAACGGCAGUUGCAGAUUCCUCUUCAAGAGGUGGGUGGACAGGAGGUGGUUGGGGGCGAAGUUGGGGGGGAUGGUGAUAUGUCUGCAAUCUACGCUGCUGGAUAUGCUGCAGGACUGGCAGCCGCCCGGGCUGCUGCUGCCAGAGCCGCAGGUGCUGCCACUGCUGGUGCUGGUGGUGGUGUUGCGGAUGGGGUUGGAGCAGAGGGGGGAGUGGCGGUGGGGGGAGAAGCAGGGGGCAUGGAGGGGGGGCUCGGUGUAGGAGGGUUCGAUCUUGACGCAACAGGCUUUGCAGAUGGUGAGAUGGGGAUGGGUGGUGGAAUGGAGGGAGAAGAGUAUGGAGCUGAGGCGGUACCAGCAGGAGGGGAAGGAGAGGAAGGAGGGGAAGCAGGGGGAUUUGGAGGAGGGGAAGAGGAAAUGAUUUACUCGACUCGGGUGGCGGAUAUUAUUCAGAAGCCGCAUAAGUGGGCGGCGAUGCUGGGCGGGAAAGGGCACAACCGAACCAACCAGCCGCCGGACCAGUCUGGUAUGGAGGGAGCCUUGGCGCGGUGGUUCGGGGAGGAGCAGCAGAGGGUCGGUGGUGUGCCGAGCGAGCAGGUGAUUGAGAAGGCCAAGGAGCUGGGGUAUUCGUUCGGGUUUCCCCCGACUUUUAAGUAUACAAGGGCGUGGGUGUACCGCGUGUUGUCCCACUUGGGAUUCUCCCAGGAGGCUAUAGAUGCGGCGUGUGAGGACUACCCUAACGAGGAUGACUCUGCUGGGCCUUCUCUGAUAGAGCUAGCGGAUCAGAUGUUUGGGCAGGAGCUGUUCAAGUCCCGGGCGAACCAGAAGGGACGAAAGCCCAGAGACUGGUGGGCGGAGAAUUUGCUGGGGAGGAAGUCGGGGAGUGGGACGGGGAGAGGGAGGGGGAGGGGGAGAGGGGCGGGGAGGGGCGAUGCGGGGGUUUUUUGGGAAGGGGCGGAGUGGGAGCAGCAGCAGCAGCAGCAGCGGCAGCAGAGGGAUGUGUAUGGGCAGGAUGGGGGAGGGAUGCAUGUGCAGGAGGUGGGAGGAGGGGGAUAUGCGCAGCAAGGGGGGUAUGCUCAGGGAACUGGACAGGGAUACGGGCAGGAUAUAGGGCAGGGAUACGGGCAGAUGACAGGGCAGGCGAACGGGCAGGGCCAGGGGUACGGGCAGGGGACAGGGCAGGGGUAUGGGCAGGAGGCUGGGAUGGGGUAUGGGCAGGAGGGUGGGGUGGGGUAUGGGCAGGAGGGUGGGGUGGGGUAUGGGCAGGAAGGGGGGCAGGCGAGAGUGGGAGAAGGGGAUCAAGAUGAGGUUAUCCCAGGGGAUCUGUUUGAGGAGCUGGAGGGAGGAGAGAUGGUGGUGGUUCGGACAGCUGAUGCUGCUGCUGCUGGUGAUGGUGCUGGUGGUGAUGGUGGUGAUGGUGGUGCUGGUGGUGAUGGUGCUGGUGGUACCGGGGGUGCCGGGGGUGCUGGUCCUUCCUCCAACCAGCCUCUCGACUCAGCUGCUUUUGCAGCGAGCUCCUUGAACGAAUCAGCCCCAUUCACUGCUGCAAACAGCAUGAUUGGAGGAACCGCCAACACUGCCAACACUACAAACACUGCCAACUCGCUAGACUAUGGGGAUGAUGGUGAAGACUCGGAGGGUUACCAGCCCGAUCCGAAGCUAGUAGAGCUCGCCAUGGCUGAGGCCAGAGCUGCGGCGGAGGCUCGGAGGGUGGUCACCGAGGCUGACCUGGCAAAAGCGGCGCAGAUCGAGGUUCUACCUCGGAAUCCGAUCACGGGCAGGGUGAUUAGUAAAGAGGAGCUGGAGACUAACCCGAUAUAUGUGGAAUAUUACCGGCUGCUGGAAGAACAGAAGCAGUUCAAAGAAAAGAACAAGAAAAUCACAACCUGUGUGCGAACGAUCAAGAUGCGAAAGGCUAUUUGCCUUCUCAAGGAAGCUCGGCCGUCUCUCACUAACUCGGAGAUCAUCCAUGUUAUUCUGGAAUCAUGCGGGCCUGUGAUUGCAGCCAGUAUUUCCCCUGCAGCGCUCCGGUACACCCUACGCAAGAGCUACCAGUACCUGAACGCUGACCUGAACAAGCCGAAGAAACCGGUCCCGAAGCGGGUUGAGUUCCCGGAAUUCGAGGAGGCGCUCGCGACGUGGGUGCGGGAAAUGCGGGCGAAGUAUGGGAAGGAGAAUUUGCUGUAUGAGGAUAUACUGGCAUAUGCGCAGAAGCUGGCUCCGAGUUUCGGGAUUGCGGAAAAGAAUCCCAAGUUCAGGUUUCACAUGUCGUGGAUUCUGAAUUUUGCGGGCAGGCACGGGUUGAAGUGGCGAACGAAAGAGGACCUGCGUGCGAACCGCAAAGGGGGUGGUGGGGGUGGGGAUGGUGCUGGUGGUGCUGGUGGUGAUGGUGGUGGAAGGACCAGUGGGAUGGGGGGAAGAGGGGGGAAUGCGUCUGGAGCAGGAGAGAGUGACGGUACGGAGAGUGAUAAUGGCGGGCGGGAGGGGUACGGCGAGGGCAGAGGCGGGACAACGGACGGUGGAGAUGGGAUCACAACGGACGGUGGAGAGGGGAACACCACGGAUGGGGGAGGAGAAGGGACGGACGUGGAAGGGGAAGGGGAGGGGGAAGGGGUAGGGGAAGGGGGUGGGUUUCUAGGCAUGGAUGUGAACAUGCAACUGGGGAAUGUAGUGACAGGGCUGGUGCGAAAGCAACGGGAUGAGAAGACAGUGAGGCGGAACAAGAUUUGGAACACUGCAGCUGAUAAGCUUCUUAAGGUGGUGGCUCAGUUUGUGGCGGAAAGGGAGGCACGGGUGCGGAGAGGGGAGGAGGAGGAGGGGGAGGGGGACGAGCGGUGGGAUGGGGAGGUGGGAGUUGAGGGGUUGUUAAAGAAGAGGUGGAAGAGGAAGAGGACCGGGCGGCCGCCGAAGAAGAGGGUAGGGACCGUAGGCGCGGGGGGGAGUGGUGGAGCAACGGCGGUGCAGGGCACUGGGAAGAAGAGAGGGAGGAAGAAGAAGCAGAGUGGGGAAGCGGCGGGGGGUGCAGGAGGAGGAGGGGAGGGUGGUGGUGGGGAGGGUGGUGGGGAGGUUGGUGGGGAAAGCGGUAGGGAAACUGGACCGGAGAGUGGAAGGGAGAGUGGGAGAGAGAGUGGGAAGGAGGGGGGAAAGAAGAAACAGCAGCGCAAGCAGUACCAGGGGGUGCUGGUGACGUGGAAGCUUGCCCUCAUCUCCCUCGCCCGCGCCAGGCAGGACCUGCCGCACUCCGCUGUCAAACGGGCCGUUCAAGCCAGAUACGGCGUCGAUACAAGCCGCACGGUGAUAGCAGACUAUAUGGCACGGGAGGACAAGGUGCGGUGGCAGGCGCAGGUGAUGCGGGACGCGUACAGGGAGGGGCGUGAAGUGCUGCCCAAGAUGAAGCAGUAUACCAAGUUCAUGCGGCUAGAAAAGGCAGUUUCAGACGCAAUGAAAAAGGCCCUGGCGGAUUUGGACAAGGGGGAGGCGCAGGGCAGUGGGAGGGGUGGAGCAGCACAACGGGGCGUGCUGGGUGGAGGAGUGAGGAUGGGCUUUCAGGGCGUAGGGGAGGAAAGGGAUGAAGAGGAAGAAGAGGAGGAGGAGGCAGGGUUGCCGCGACAGAUUAUGGUGCAUCCUGAGGCGGUAGUGGAGUAUGCCAACAAGGUGGCGCCGUUGUUUGGCUUCCCCCCUUCCAGGUGA